AUGGCUUUCAUUGCUCGAGGCAAGACCUAUGGAACAUUGCUGCUUGGAGAAGAUAUGAUGAAGGGUAUUGCUUUCCUCGAGCUGAAGGACUCCACCUCCAUGUUCACCUUUCUGAGGGCUGCAAUGUGUGCGUGCACCAAACAACAUGGGAGCAAAGUGUUGACAUUGGUGGGCACAACUGACACCACCUUUAAGUUCAGUCAUCAGCCCAUCUUUGGUCCUGUGGAGAACAUUGAAGUGGAAUUUGACAAUUUAAAGGAAUGGAAGAAGAGCAAAGCUUCAUUGGCAGAGAAAUGCGAGCCUACAGCUGCCUUUGUGCACUUUGUUGACCAAUCUGGGAUUGCGACUUUGGAGCUGCAAAGGGCACAUGUCCAGAAGACAUUGCUGCAGCUCUGUUUGGACAAUCCUGUGUUGACAGAUGACAUUUUGUUCACCAAGAAUCCAUGUGCAGUGUAUACACAAAAAGCUAUCAAGAAAAAGGCAUUGAAGCUCUACCCAGCUGGCACUGUGUCAAUGGUGAAGGAUGAAAAGCCAGAGAAGUACUACAUCCAAGCCUAUGACAAGCUUUGGCUCAUUGUGCCUUUCAAGCCUCUCACUGACUUCAAAGGUGGUGGUGGAGGUGUGCUUUACCCUUUCUGGUCAGUGAAGUCUGCAGACGAUGGAUUGCUCACUUUGUCUGAGGUGAGUGUGGUUGGCUGCAAGACUCCUUUUAUGGUGAACGCUGGCCCAUUGAGCAAUGUAACUCUCUUGAGCCUGAGUGCUCCUCAUCAAGAUGGAGGCAAAGAGCCACCUGCUAAGAGACAGAAGGCAAAGUAG